GCUAUUUAAGGGGAGCUGGAGUUCAGAUUUAACAAGACCAGCAUUUGGAGCUAUUAACACCAGCAUUCUAUAAGAGGGGACUGUCCACAUGAAGAACCUUCUAUUGUUGGCCUUGACCAUGGCCUUUGGCCUGCUGCAGACCCACGGGGAUUUGCUGGAUUUCCGGAAAAUGAUUGAGUUCGAGACAGGAAAGGAUGCUGUGUUUACUUAUGGCUGGUAUGGUUGCUACUGUGGCUUGGGCGGCCGAGGAUCCCCCUUGGAUGCAACAGAUCGGUGCUGCGCCGAACAUGACUGUUGCUACGAACGUCUGCAGAAGCGGAAAUGUUGCACCAAGUUUCUGAAAUACAACUUUGCUUUCCAAAAUGGCAAAAUCGUCUGUGGGGAGCAGGAUCACUGUCGCAGGCAGCUGUGUGAAUGUGAUAGAGCAGCUGCCGACUGUUUUGCGAGAAACCUGAACACCUACCAGAAAGACCACAAAUUAACAUGGUUCUGCCCUGGGAAAAACCACCAGUGCUGAGGUCCCGCCCCCGGAAGCCUCGCCUCCCACGCUGAGCUCCCCUCUCUGGCUCCCACCCCUCCCCGCCCUGGCUAGUUCCUGCAAAGAAGGAAACACCCCUCUCACAUCCCAGAGACAAGCCAGGAGGCCCUCGACCCCCAGAGAGAAGCCUUCCUUCCAGAAUGAGAAGCCCCGGGGCAUGUGGCCUGGCGCCUUUCCCCUCUUCCUUGGGAGGCAGGAGAUGUCCUCGUCCCCACUGCUCUCCAAGUCCCGCUUCCUGCUUAGCCGUGGCGGCUACAUUCCCAGGGUCUCCUCUAAAUAAAGCAAUUAGUUCAUUGGCAAA